UAUAAGAAAGAAGUUUUUUACAAUAAGGGUGGUGAAGCACUGGAACAGAUUUGCCCAAAGAGGUGGUGGAAUCCCAUUCCUGCAGACAUUAAGCAAGGGCCUGCCCACUGGAAGGAGGUUUUUCCUGUCGCUAAUGGAGACCGCCAGUCACCAAUCGACAUCAAAACUGAGGAAACCAAGUAUGACCCCUCCCUCCGUCCUCUAAAUCCCAAUUAUGAUCCAGCUUCUGCUAAAAUCAUCCUGAACAACGGGCACUCCACCAGUGUUGAGUUUGAUGACACUGUGAACAAAUCAGUGCUGACCGGGGGGCCACUCUGUGGGACCUACAGGCUGCGCCAGAUCCACUUCCACUGGGGUUCCAACGACGAGGCUGGCUCUGAGCACGCUGUGGAUGGGAUGAAGUAUGCAGCAGAGCUUCAUGUAGUUCACUGGAAUGCUGAAAAAUAUUCCAGUUUUGUCGAGGCAGCUCGUCAGUCAGAUGGAUUGGCAGUCAUGGCUGUGUUUCUGAAGAUUGGUGAAUGCAACCCUCAGCUGAAGAAGAUCACUGACCGCCUGGACACCAUCAGAAUCAAGGGUAAGAGAGCGUUAUUCACCAACUUUGAUCCUAGUUGCCUGCUUCCCAAAUCCCUGGACUACUGGACUUACUUUGGCUCUCUCACUGUUCCACCUCUUCUUGAAAGUGUCAUCUGGAUUGUCCUGAGAGAGCCCAUAAGUGUUUGUUCUGAACAGCUCGCCCAAUUCCGCAGCCUCCUGAGCACAGCUGAGGAUGAGGUGGCCUGCUGCCUGCUGCGGAACUACCGCCCUCCACAGCCCCUAAAGGGCCGAGAAGUCAGAAGGAAUUAAAGAUGUAAAGCAAGAACAGGCCACCACUGACACCAAAGGCCCAAUUGUCGUUGCUAAUAUACUUUGUGAUUUUUAUUUUUAUUUUUUUGGUGAGUUGUUCUAACAGACAGGUGUUGUUUGAUUACUGGUUACUAUGCAGUCAUUUCUCACAGACAGAAAUGUCCUGAGCUUUGGCAGUUCCAUCACUGAUGUGGACAGGUCAAUGUGUUUGUGUGCACUGGUGUGGGAGCAUUGAGAUGCUGGUGUUACAUGCACAGAGUGUUAUCAGAAGGAUUUGCUGCGGUGAAGGAGUUGUCAAGAAAUUGUCACCAAAUUACUGGACAGGAUCCCUGGUAUUAAUGGCAGUACAGGAUGUUCUGGAAUUACUCUUCUGGUCUUUAAUGUAACAUUUAACUUAGUGAAGACUUUGUAUAUGUUGGAUCAUAUCAGAUGGAUUAGGUAUUCCUGAGUUCUGCUGUAUAGAGUGAUGAAAUUGUCCUGAACCUUGAAAACUGCACAGUCACAAAGGGAUCUGUGAGUUCAUGCCUAAAUCCAGUCUGUAGCAUCUGGAGAACAAUAAGGACUGAAUACCACGUCUAUGUAGCAUCAGAAUCCUACCACAUUAAAUAGUCUUCAAGAGACAGAGACAGCCCUUGCUUUAGACUGGUUCAUAUAAUUCACACAGCAUUGCUCAGGAAUGGAAUAUCUCCUAGGUGCAUGCUGAAGCUCUCCUGUUGCAGAUGAACUUGAGUCACUGCACUUGUAUUCAAAGACCAAAGACAGCCUUUAAGCCAAAGAAAUCAGAAUCAAAUCAAUAUCCAAUAAAAGAUCAGUUCAUGGUAGCAAUGUCUUGAAAUGUCUGUCUUUAGUCAACUGACCUGAGCUUGUGUUAUUCUCAGGAGCUUUUUUUUUAAUUAUUUGUAUCUCAUCGUUUGUUUUAAGCCAAUUUAAUUGUUGUUAUUUUCAAUAAUAAUGAAUUUGCCAUAGGAUAUAGCUUGUAUAGGUAGAUUACCCUAAAACUGUGAGAACUAGAUAGUGAAAACCAGCAGUACUGGAGAGAGGCAGCUAAAGAUUUCAUGGGCAGCAAUUGCCUCUGUAAUACCUCUGACCUUAUCUUCCACAACUACUCUCUAUCAGUUUGUUUUUUCAUAGGUUUUAUAUACUGUGCCUCUUACCUCUACAGGUCUUUUUGUCUUAGAUGGGCAAAUAUGAGGGAAAUCACAACAGGAUUGUCUUUAUAUACCUUCUUUAACUGAAUAAAAUAGACAUAGAGUCAUAGAUAUUUUAGCUUAGUUUGAGACAGGUGUAUUUUACUAUUUUUUUUUUUUUUUUUACCUUCUCCUCCCCAGAAUAUAGGUGCUACUGCUGCAAGGCCUCUUAAUGCCUUCUGAUUGUUUUCUGAAGGAAUGAACACAAAUAGGCUAUUGGAUAAAUAUAAGACAUUUGGCAGCAGCAGUUGCAAAUAGUAACCAAAGAGGAAAAACCUGCCGGCACUUUUUGUUUUCUGACAUAGGAAGAAGAAUGCAGCUGAAAAGACAUCAGUCUGCUUCUUUCUGAGUGAGGAUGUCUGCAAGGUGUGCGCGGAGAGAAUGAGAGUGUGUUGUGUGUUUUCAUACCCUUUGUAGAUUUAAUGUUGGAUCUGAUACAUUUUUUGGUCAUGUAAGUAGCUGCAGAAUAUGAAAAAAAUGUUAACAAAUCACAUGAAACUUAUACAACUUUCUUGCUGAGAUGAGAAAGCAGUAAGGCUUUGUAUCAGAAACAAAACUUGUACAUGUUUUUAUGUAUUGAAAAUAGUGGAAUUGAUCCAGUGCUUUGAUAUUUAUGAGGAUUUUAUCAAAAUAAAAAAUUGAUUUAUGA